AUGCUUCAAGCAAUAGGAGGCUCUGUGCCCCCAAACACUGACCAUGCCGUUAGUGUAUCCUUGCCAACAUGGAGAGCCAAUGUCGCUUAUGAAGAGGGAGAAGACUGGGUUAUUAGCAAGAUGCAAUGCGGAUAUCCUCGUUUCUUCGUGCACCCUAGCAUCCAGAAGCUUGUGAAAGAAAUCAUUCAACGUGUGGGAGAUCAGGAGACAGAGACAGCUACUCUCUUUGCAUCCCUCAAAACUGCUCGUAUCUGUCAUUCUUUUAUUACAUCCAAAGUUUCCGAUGAACAAUCGCAAAAGGUCCGAAUCGUGAACUUUGUUCCCUCUCCGCAUACUGAAGCUGGAUCAACCUCGAUCACAUCCUCCUUAGUGGGUGUGAUCUAUCCCAAGGAAUUUGCCUCCAUCGCAAAGCAGGUGUGGCAGCAUUCUGGCAAUGGGAUCUCGAGUCGACGGGGUGAGUUCUGUCUCCGUGCCCUACAAGACGGAUUUCUGGUGGAGGAGAAGGACUCAGCGACAGCUGAGUCCCUUUCUCAGCGACCCUGUAAAGGUCCUCGAAGAUAUCAAGGACGAGGCUCCCUGAGCGGAGCUGCCUGGGGUACUUCGACCCCCAAUGCACCAUCACCCGCUCCCGCCGCGACUAGUAGCGUUGAGGAUGGCCGAGACUACGCUCAGUUCAUUGAAGAACGCUUUGGUCGCAAUCUUAGUGCCGUGUACGCCGCCCAGGCUAAGAUGGCGGUUCGAAAGCGCCUUGCCGGUGUUCUAACUGCCGAUGUCGAGUUAUCCGAGGCUCUGGAAACGGCUUCGUCGGGGGGUCGCGUCGAUGAUAUUUCAGAGGAGGAUGUUCUUCUCUACCCCUCUGGAAUGAGCGCCAUCUUCAACGCGCAUCAGACCCUUCUGAAUGCACGGGGCUCUAUGCAAAGUAUCUGUUUCGGAUUUCCAUACACCGAUACGUUGAAGAUUCUGCAGAAAUGGGGGCCAGGCUGUUUAUUCUACGGGCAUGGCUCGUCGGAAGACCUGGAUGACCUCGAAACCCGGCUGAAGAACGGUGAGCGGUUCCUGGGGCUCUUCACCGAAGCCCCCGGCAACCCUCUGCUCAAGACCCCAGAUCUGGUGCGCAUACGAGCCCUAGCCGAUAAAUAUGACUUUGCGGUAGUGGUUGAUGAGACCAUUAGCAAUUUCCUCAACAUCAACGUCCUUCCGUAUGCAGACAUUGUCGCAAGUAGUCUGACGAAGAUCUUCAGUGGCGAUAGCAAUGUUAUGGGAGGAAGUGUAAUCCUGAACCCUCACGGGAAGUACUACCAAAAAUUGAAAGAAACUUACGCGCAGCAUUAUGAGGAUACCUAUUGGGCAGAGGAUGCUGUCUUCUUGGAGCGGAACAGCCGUGAUUUUGUGUCAAGAAUUGACAAGAUUAACUCGACAUCCGAGAAGGUUUCAGCCAUGUUGAAAUCGUCUCCUCUGGUCAAGGAAGUUUACUAUCCCAAAUACAGCGCCACAAGGCCACUGUACGAUAGCCUUCGGAACCCCAACGGUGGCUAUGGUGGUCUUUUCUCCGUUACUUUCCACUCGAACGCGGAGGCCAUUGCAUUUUAUGACACGUUAGAGGUCUUGAAGGGCCCUAGUCUCGGCACCAACUUUACUCUCUGCUCUCCAUAUGUUCUCUUGGCUCACUAUGGUGAAUUAGACUGGGCGCGGUCUUUCAAUGUUGAUCCUGACCUUGUCAGAAUCAGUGUUGGGCUGGAAGACUUGCCCGACCUACGCUCCAGAUUCCAGCGAGCUCUCGAUGCAGUUGAAAAAGUGAGAUCUCAAGGUGUAUAA